AUGAGCAUCCGGGGUGGUGCGUGCUGGAGUGCUACAUACAGCAAGCAGUAUGGGGCAGACCGUUGGAAACUACUGCUGAACGCUCUUGCAGAAGUCCCAACUCAAUUAGCGUUCGUUGCGCCUCACAUAUCUUACAGCGCGGUUCGCUAUCUACUGAGGAAGCCGCGGUUUGUGCCGUGUUUGAUCCCGAAUUGCUUCUCCUAUGAUGCGGGCCGAAAAGUACCAGAAACGGAUUCAAAAUGUGCAGGUGGCGAAAGUGCUGAAUCAGUCACCCCAGACCCUAGAGUUCAGCUUCCAUUUGACCAGAAUAUGAGUGAAAAUGUAGCGAUUGUCGAAGAUGAACAUGUUGCGGCAGAGGCGAUGGCCAAAACAUACUUUUUAGAUGGAGCAUCAGCUCUUGCUGGAUUUAUCCUCGGUGCACGUCCUGGCGAAGUUGUGCUAGAUAUGUGUGCUGCACCUGGUGGCAAGUCAUUGAUUAUUUUGUCAAUGCUUACGCAAGCGAAGGUUCCAGCUUGUGUAUUUGGGAAUCACAGCAUGCUGAGUGAAGCCGAUAGUGUCGAGAAUGACGAUGAAACGGCAGGCCUGUUGGUGUGUAAUGACAUCAGCCGUGACAGGCUGGCUCGACUUCAAAACACCCUCAACAAGUUCCUGCCCCCCUACUCUACGGCAGGACAGCGGCUUCAGUUCAGUUGUGCAGACAUCUGCAAGGGUGGCCCAUUCGGCACCCCCAAAGCUCAUGCAGAACGGCAGCUGAAGAUGCUCCUCAUUGCCUCAAAGCUUUUGAAGAAGGAUGGCAUUCUUUUGUACAGUACUUGCGCUUUGUCGGAGCUAGAAAAUGAUGCUGUCAUUGAGAAGUUUCUGAAGAAGACGGCAAGGAACAUAAAGGUACUGCCCCUCUUCGAUGGCGAGUGGCCUGCGGAAGUCAAACUUUUAGAGGGGAAAGGAUCGGGGUUGUGCAAAACCACAGAACACAGCGACAGCUCAAUUAUGUUUUUCGUUGAAAAGUUGAAGUAUGGGUAUGCAAUGCUUCCCGAUGUAUCUAGAUUUGGGCCUAUGUAUUUUUGCCGAAUGCAGAUUACAGGGCACUAA